AUUGCCUCCAGUGCUCUGUUUCGCACCAAGAGCCUGUAAUCUGGAAAAAGGAUCUACCCCAUCCUCCUGAAGGUCAAAAUACCUCUUACCAGCUUGCCUUGGUCUAAGAAAGCACUGAGCAUCUACAUCAACCUGACGUCUGACUGUGAGAUGAUGGGACUUUUCCUCACUGUUCUCUUUUCCAGCAUAGUGGCUGGCCUCUCCAAAGUCAUGGAAGUGACUCAGCCAGCUUUCAUAGUGGCAAAAAGUCAAGGGCCUGUUAACUUCCCAUGUGAAUUAAAAAAUACUGGGGAUGCAAAGGAACUCAGAAUGACUUUACUGAAACAGAGAGGCAAUGAGUCCAUCGGGAUCUGUGCAUCAUCCCUUCCUACUGAGGACGACAACCCAUUCAGCACAAAGGAGGAUGGCAUCCAGUGUCAGGUCCAUCCUGGCAGGGAGAGUGUCAAUGUUACCCUUUGGGGCUUAAAGUCCAUUGAUGCUGGACUGUACGUGUGCCAGAUGGAAUGGAUUUAUCCUCCACCAUACUACUCAGUCAUGUCAAGUGGGACCCAGCUUUAUGUUGUUGACACAGAGCCGUGCCCAGUUGUCUAUCCGUAUCUUUGGAUCCCUGUGACAGUAGUUUCUGGAUUCCUUGGCUACAGCAUUUUAAUCACAAUCUACAUUGUAACAAAGGUGUUACGAAAAAGCAGACAUUUUACUCCUGGGAUCUAUGAGAAAAUUAUACCAGUGUAAUCAAGACAACAAAAAACUGCUACCGAGAAAGAAGAAAUGUUAACUUCUAUGAAGUGCUUAUGAAAAAAAAAAAAAAAAGGAUUUCUUAAUAGAUAGGAAUUUAAUUUUAAACAUCCAGAUUGGAUGACAGUGAGGAGGAGGGUUUAUGCAUUAAUGUGAAAAAGAAUGCUGAAUUUAUAUUGCAGAGUUCUUAAGUUCUUGAAUUCCUUAGGAUUUAUCCACCUAAUUUCACACACAGAAAAAGGAAAGUUCCACAGUAACAAUAAGAGCAACAUAUUUUUGGAUUAGUUUAUUCAGUUUAGCAAAACCAAGUAGAGUUUGUCCUGGCUUUGGGUUGUCUUUGGGUUGCAGGUGGAGGUGUUAUUUGCAUUCCCGAAUGCUUCCUUUAUUUAUUUUAUUGAUAUAGUUAUCACCUCAUUGUAGCUGUUGCAAUGGAAUUUAUCACACGAAGGAGAUCGGGAAUUUAUCCCGUGAAUAUCCUAGAAAAAUCACGUAAUUACAUGUAACCA